AUGGCUCGUAGUAAAAGCAUUGUUAACUUUCUUGAAGAAUUGUGUCUGCAGGAGCCACUGCUUGGCUAUAAAAAAUGCCAAAAUGUUAGGAAAAAACUGAGACUGAUACGAAUAACAGGAAUUUUCCUGGGUAUUAUGGCAAUUAGCAUAUUAUCUCUUUCAAUUAGUGCCUUUCUUCAGUUGCAACCUUAUAGCACAGAGGCAGCCAGCAAUCUAGAUAGCCAAAAGUCAAAGCACAUGCAUCAAAGAACUCUAUUGGACUUUAAGGAACAAAAUCAAAAUGACACUCCAGAUUCAUCUGUUUCUAUGAAAUACGGAGCUAGACAGGAUAACCAUACCGAAGAACACUCCAAAGGGGAGUAUCCAGAAGAUCUUUUCUCUCUUGAGGAAAGAAGAAGGGGUGCUGUAAUCCUUCAUGUUUUUGGAAUGGUUUACAUGUUCAUAGCCUUAGCCGUUGUCUGUGAUGAGUUCUUUGUUCCUUCACUGACAGUCAUUACAGAAAAACUGGGCAUUUCUGAUGAUGUGGCUGGGGCAACAUUCAUGGCUGCUGGUGGCUCAGCUCCCGAACUCUUUACUUCUUUAAUAGGAGUUUUUAUAUCUCACAGCAAUGUUGGCAUUGGAACAAUAGUUGGAUCUGCAGUAUUCAAUAUUUUGUUUGUGAUUGGGAUGUGUGCUUUAUUUUCUAAAGAGAUUUUGCGCCUUACUUGGUGGCCACUCUUUCGGGAUGUGACCUUUUACAUCAUGGACUUAAUAUUGCUCAUCAUCUUCUUUUUGGAUAACGUCAUUAUGUGGUGGGAAAGUUUAACACUGCUGACUGCUUAUAUGAUCUAUGUGACUUUCAUGAAAUUCAAUGUGCAAUUAGAAGCAUGUGUGAAAAAAAUGUUAAACAAGAACAAGGUGGAGAAAGUAUCACUGGAUCUUGAAGGAAAGGUUAGUUAUUCUGUCAAUGUGUAUAGAAAAAAAGUAUCACUCAUUUUUAAAAUUGUCCUGUGUAUGUUAUCAGAAGCAUAUGACAAAGAAGAGGGUUUCAGGCAAAGACCCAAAAACCUGGGUAGGCUCAUAUGGGAGGAGUCAAACGCCGAGGAUGACCAGAUGCUAACGACUAAGCCACGUCUUCAGCGAGGUGGGAGUUCUGCAUCUCUGCACAACAGUCUAAUGAGGAACAGUAUUUUCCAGCUUAUGAUUCACACCCUUGAUCCACUUGCUGAAGGAAAAUUCAAAGAAAGGGCAUCUAUUCUUCAUAAGAUGGCCAAAAAGUGCCAGGUGGAGGAUGGUGAAAAACGGAAUGGAAGUGCUAAUCAUGCUGAACUCCCAAACAGUGCAAACGUUGAAGUUGAAGUGACCCCACCAAAUGAUGGUUCAGGACCAGUGCAAAAUGGAAAUGCUAUUGGUGCAGAAGAGGAAGAGGAGGAUGAUGAUCAGCCACUCAACCUGGCCUGGCCUGACACCCCACGCAAGCAGCUUACCUAUCUUAUUAUUUUCCCCAUUGUUUUUCCAUUAUGGAUUACCCUGCCUGACGUCCGAAAUCAUUCAUCAAAGAAAUUUUUCCCUUUCACAUUUUUUGGAUCAAUCUCUUGGAUAGCAGUAUUUUCUUACCUAAUGGUUUGGUGGGCACAUCAGGUGGGAGAAACCAUUGGCAUCAGUGAAGAAAUCAUGGGCUUGACCAUCUUAGCCGCUGGCACAUCUAUCCCUGACCUAAUUACUAGUGUUAUUGUGGCACGGAAAGGCCUGGGGGAUAUGGCAGUAUCCAGCUCUGUGGGAAGUAACAUCUUUGACAUCACUGUGGGCCUUCCUCUGCCGUGGCUCCUCUAUGCUUCAAUUAACAAGUUAACCCCAGUGACAGUGAGCAGCAAUGGGCUAUUCUGUGCUAUAGUCCUCCUCUUUAUCAUGCUGCUUUUUGUGAUCCUCUCUAUUGCGACUUGCAAGUGGAGGAUGAACAAAUUCCUGGGUUUCACCAUGUUUGGGCUUUACUUUAUCUUCCUUAUUGUCAGCGUCCUUCUAGAAGACAGGAUCAUUGUGUGUCCUGUGUCUAUUUGAUAAGGAAGGAGAUGCUGUUUCUUGAACAUCAGCACAAGACACACACAAACCCAAACCAGAAACAGACAAGAACAGUUUUGCAAAACAAAAUAAGCAGUGUCUUUAGAACCCUCUGACUUAAAAACAGUGGAGAAAAGAGGGGCUGAAGUGGUGAAGUUGGACAUGGAGAAAAUCAGCUGAUACAUUCACUGCUGAUUACAGUGCUAUGUGGCUGCUUCAGAACAUGGUCCUGGGAAGGUUCCACUGCUUAUUUGUUGGAGGUAUUGUGCAUGUAUUGUAUAACAAUGUUAAACUAUUAUAGAUGCUACACAUAGGAUCUAUUUCCGUGAAUCUUUUUCUCUUUGUCUAUAUAUUAACAAAUACAUGCCACACAAAGAGAGAGCAAUAUCUAUAAAUAUACAGGAAAAUUGCUAAUAUCCAUCUUUGGGAGACGCAAAUCUCUUGUUUGGGAUUUUAUCUGUUCAUGUAAGGUGAUAAAAGGAGUUAUCCAGUACAGUCAGCAUGAAGAGAAUGACAGACAAGAGAAGACUAUGAGUGGAUAAAGCGGUAUGCAAGUGCAGCUUGUACAUGAUGUGGACACCCAUGCUGCAGGUUUGAGAAGCAUGCAGAUUUUUAGAGCAGAGCAAUGCUAACUGGGUUGAUUAGUCAGGCUGUGGGGAGCAGGGGAAAUGGCCUAUAUAUGGGGCCAGCUGAGUUUUUUUAAAAAAAAAUACAGUUCAGAUACUUGCAUAUCCUAUAUUUUCAUCACAUGUGCAUGUUCAUCACAGCAUUACUCUGACAUCAAGCGAUUACAUGCAUGUGUGGAAAAGUAGCACAUGUCUCAUAUCACAGAGGUUUCAUGUUGCCUCUUAUACAAUAUUUAUCAGUGGUGGUAGUUUGCACACUCAGCUGUGCAUCAUCAGGUGGCGAGUAAUCAAGUGACAUCUGUGUGAGAGAGAAUCAGCCCUUAAUUCAAUAAAGACAUUGCCUGACUUGUUCUGGCUUCCUAGAAAGAUGUCUGCAUUUUUGCUAUUGUUCUUCAUCUAUAUAUAAAUUGAUCAUAUGUUAGAGGGACAUCUUGAGAUACUCACAGGUAAAACCCACACUGAAGAUUUGAAAUGUCUGCUACCAUCACCUCAGCAUUUAAGUAGAAAAUACAGUUACUAAGUAAAUACGCUCUUUUUCCUAGCACGGCAAUACAGUAAGGAUAUUAGGUCAUUUUAAAUGCUGUUUCCAUUAGUGCAUUUGCCUUGUCAUAUGAAAGAUGCUGGAGUGGCUUCUGUGCAGCUUUUAAAAUAGGACUACAAAACUGUUCCAUGAUGGGGACAAGAACAGAAGUGGAUAAAUUCCAUAGUUUAUGUCCUUUUAUUAUCUACAGUGCAGCGCACACUUCCAUAUUUCUUGUCUGCUAAAAUUUUGGGGAUGUAUGAGAAGGUAAAACAUUUCUGGAAAAGUGGAAUUAAAUGGUUUGAAACCAUUUUUUGAAGUUACUUAGAAAUGUUGGGCGCAGAUCUAAUUGGACAAUGAACAAAUACAGCUUCAUCGUGCUCCUUAUAGAAGCCCCAUGAAGAGGCGCAACUGCAGUAUCAUAGGAGAAGAACCAUCAGAGGUUUUGUAUUUGCUAAGACUCAGCAUUAAAGAAAACAGCUUCAACAACCCUAUCUGUCUUCGACAAUAAUCAGCACUUGUCCGUUGUGCAUUUUCUUCCUUGUUAAAAUUCAGGCAGUGUCAGUUCCAUGAGUGACUCAUUACCAGUGUUCUUGGUCACCUGUACACAAUGGAAAUGUGGUACUUAUGACAAUAUAACAGUGAAUUCAGCACAUGUGACUCUUGUGGCUUUGUUGAGCCCUCCUGUUUGCCUCUCUCCUGUUUGCCUCACACUUGUGCUUUUUUUUGUACUCUGUGUAUGUAUAUUUGUACAUAGCUAUACCCAGGUAAAUCACAGAAAACAAGCCUACAUAAAAGCAUGCAUAUUGAA